AUGUCGUCGCUCUCAGUAAGCCCGGUAUCCUUGGACAUGGUCCCUCAUGGACCCGAUAUCCCUCCAAACCUCACCCCCAGUGUCGAACUCUUCCCAGGCUUUCGCAUCUCGCACCAACAAGCAUCGGAGCGGUUGGCCCUCUACACAAGGGACUACGUGCCGCAUUUUCCCUUUGUGCCUUUACCAGGUGCUAUAACAUCGCAAGAGCUGUACAUAGAGUCAAGCCUGUUGUUCUGGACCAUCCUGGCGGUUGUGUCGCCGCUGGAAGACAAGGUGCAGAUGGAGUUCAAGGCGUGGUUCCGAAAGUAUCUGGCCGAGCAUGUCAUCGUGAGGCAAGAAAAGUCUGUGGAUAUCCUACAGGCUAUUCUGGUAUACCUUGGAUGGUACGUCUGCCGCAAAGGGGGUUAG